CGGUAUUGACAUCUAAACCCAAGAAACUGCGCAGUGGAAAUUUAACAACAGUAGUGGCGAGAUGUCGUAAAUAAGGCGCUGAUUCCUUCGUUAUUGUUAACGACGUGGAUUUUAAUUUACUUAUCCUUGGCUCAAUGGGGAAGAAGAAAGACAUGUUUCACGAUAAAUUCCUUUCAGGUGAUGGAGAUGACUCUGCUGGCUAUAGCGGACAUAAAAAGAAACACAAAAAACACAAGAAACAUAAGAAGAAGUAUCAUCAUGAAGAAGGUGGACAUAGUUUUUCUUCAGAAGCUCUCGAGUCUGAUUCGGGUGCUGUGAAACCUCAGUUGAAAUUAAAAAUCAAGCUGGGUGGGCAAACCCUUGGCACGAAAAGUGUCCCAACAUUUACAGUGGUACCAGAGGUGAGUCGGUCACCAUCACCGCUAAUGAUCGUGGAUGAUGAUGAUGAACCAACUGAAGGAGUUCCCAUUGAGCAGUAUCGAGCCUGGCUUGAUGAAGACAGUAACUUAGACCCUUCACCUUUGCCUGAUAUGGACUCAGAGAGCCUUUUGGGAGCUCCUGAAGAUGAGGAGGAGAAAUGGCUUGAUGCCCUAGAGAAAGGAGAGCUGGAUGAUAAUGGAGAGCUGAAAAAGGAGAUUGAUGAGUCACUGCUUACUGCAAGACAGCGAGCUCUGCUACACAAGCAACAAAGCCAGCCUCUCCUAGAAUUACCAAUGGGCUUCAAAGAAAAGGAAAUGACAGAAGAAAUGAUGCUGAAGCGAGAGGAGCGUGCACGAAAACGCCGCUUACAGGCUGCAAAGAAAGCGGAAGAGAAUAAGAAUCAGACCAUUGAGAGAUUAACUAAAACCAACAAAGCUAAAAUAAAGACACUACGGGAGAAAAAAUCAAAACAAGCCCAGUGUCCCAUGGUUAGAUAUAUCAGUUCAUUUAAUGGAACGACGAUCUCCUAUCCAGAAGGUGUUUGCACCCCCUCAGUGGCUGCCCCCCGUGUUGUUCCUGCAGCCACACUUUGCGGAGUUGUUGGUUGCUCAAACCUCAAGAAGUACUCCUGCUCAAAGACUGGGAUUCCACUUUGCAGCCUGCAGUGCUACAAAAAGAAUUUGACUGUCCAGUGUCCAGCGUGAACCUCUCUAGCCAUGCUGUUACCAUCUGAUUGAAUUUGGCUACCCACAAGAAUUUUUGAUUUUUCUAUGUGCAGGAAAUUUAACCAACCUGACCAAAGGUUUGAACUGCUUCAAAAUCAUGUAGUGUGCUAUGGCUAAGUGUGUGUUUGGUUCUUCUUCAUAGUUGUUUUUGAUUUCAUUUUUAUUUUAGUAAAGUAACAACAAAGUUAGGCCUGAAGAAGGUAGGCCAGAAAAAUGGGUGCAAAGUAAAGUAACUAAAGUUGAACUGAAAGAUUACUGCAAGAAUGGACUAAUUUAAUACGGAAUUAAGAAGGACAAAGUUAUUCUUACGUGAUUAGGGUUUAUUACUCUCUGCAAUUUAUUUAUGAGCGCACCAAGUGUGAGCUGUCCAGUUCUGUAAAAGAAAGAGCUUGACUGGGAAACAAGGAGUUAAAUGGAUUCCUUAGUUUGUUCUGCUGUAUGUGAAUUACAAUAAAUGUGUACAUUUA